AUGGCCAACACUGCUCCAAAAAACAAUAGAAGAUCAAAUGGGGCUUCUAUUGAAGUCUCUAAAGUGUUAGGUGCUGGUUCUUCAAAAAUAAAAAAGAAGAUAAGGGACAUCGAAAGAUUAUUGAAAAAAGAUAAUUUACCUGCUAAUGUAAGAGUAGAAAAUGAAAGAUCAUUAAAAGCUUUAAAAGUUGAAUUGGGAAAUACUAAAUUAAACUUAAAGGCAAAGGAAAUUUCCAAAAAGUAUCAUAUGGUUCGUUUUUUUGAAAAGAAGAAAGCCGUUAGAAAGGCAAAGCAAGCCAGAAAAGAAUUUGAAGAAGUUUCGAAAGCAGGUGUUAGAAAAGAAAUUAAAAAAGCCAGAAAGAAGUUAAGACAUAGUGAAGUCGACUUAGCAUACAUAGUCUUAUUUCCUAAAACUGAAAAGUAUAUAUCGUUAUAUCCAAAUCCAAAGGAAAAUGAUGAAGUUGAUAUGAAAAAUCCAAAAGCCAAGAAAGGAAUUCAAUUGACUGAACAAAGAAAAAGAGAACUUAUCAACCAAGCUGAAAAGCUUAUAGAAGAAGAUAAGCUUCCAUUCUCCUUGGAAGACGUUAUACAAGGUAAGACAAUCAAAUUGGAUGAAAGAAGUCAUAAUGAAGUACCUACAGAAGAAAUUGAUGCACCUGUACAAAAAGAAGAAGAAGAGGAAGACGAUUUCUUCGAAUAA